UGGCAAACGAGCAUUUUCUGAGCAGUCAGAUUUAAAAUCUGACUACCACAAUCUGACUGCGUGGCAAUACGUCACGUUCGGAUGGUUGGGUAGGUGCGAAACUUUCAGCGGGGGAAGGAGAAGGUACCAUAUUGCGCAUGCGCGAGAAGUUUACUUCUACAUUCGUGGGUACUUCUCCUUCACACUAUUGUCAACAGUAUGCUAUGCUAUUGUUCAGUUCGCCAUGUUGUGAAGUUUUUCAGAUUAUUUCGGUUGGUUUAAUAAGUAUAUCUUAAUUCUUAUUGAGAAUUUAUAUUAUUGCUACGUAUAGUGUUGUGUUUUAUAAAAGAAUCCGAACUCCAAAGUUCUCGUUUUGUCGUUAAGUUUUUUUUAAUAAUCUCUAAAGUCGCUUUAGUUAAUCGAAUCAAUUCGGAUUCGGAACGAGUAUUCAAGAGGACAUAUUGAAAUCGAAUAAAUUGUUACCCUUUCCGAACCUGUCCACCUGCCAAAGGGCCUUUUUUGUGAUGAUACCUCACCAUGUCAUGUAAUUUUAUUACUUUCGAAGGAACACGAUAUCGAGUCCCCAGAUGUCCAUUAUGCGUCAAUGAGUUGGCUGUUAAGUAUUUGAAGUCGGUUGCGGAAAAAAAAAUAUUAAAAAGAAGAAUAGAAUCGCUCCAACGAGAAAAUAAACGUUUAAAACAAAACUUAUCAUUCCUUGAGGAUCCGGCGCCGUUGUCGCAGUCAAUUUUGAAUUAGAUUUCUUCAGAGUUCAGGAUGAAACUAUUCGACACCGAGAUAACGCAUCCAUAUGUGGUAGUGCACGACGAGGGAGCAUUCUUAGGGACAGAGUUUCUUACUGGCGGUAUAUGUAUUAUCCAUAGAGAUUGGAUUAAUUUCGAAACAACUACUAUGUCUUAUCCAUAUGGGGAAAACAGAAUUGAAACUCAAGCAUUCCGUGAAAAGGCAGUUACUGAACCGUUCUUACCAUCAGUGCCUUUAACGGGCAACAACCUCAAACUGUUUAAAAGUUUAACCUGGAUCAAUAGUAAAAUCUGCAAGUACUACGGACAAUACGGAAAAUAUCGAAGUGCCCUUAAAAAAGUUUCUGAACUAGAAAACGAGUCGAGUGCGAGUUUGCUUAAUAAUUAUGCUAUUGCUCAUAACGAGAAAUCUGCGACAAUAACGUCAUCAGAAGAGCCUCAUGAAGAUAUCCAGUCUGAUGUAGUUAUCCAGCCUCAUGAAGAUAACACGCCUCCAAAAGUUAUCGAUCUUCAAAAUAUGGCUUUGCCAUGUGCUACAAAAAAGCUGCCAUCUGAAGAAACCCAUAUCAUCAUCAAGACGAUUAAAAAUGUCGAGGCAAAAGUGACUGACCAGUACGUAAAGUUAAGAAGAACAUGCACUGCACGAUUCCUGAAACUUGAACAAGCCAUAGCUACUCUCAACGAUGGUCGCACACCUACAAAAGAGACUCCAACUGCGGCUGUAAUAACUUCUCCGGUGAAAAUAUCACCAUGCAAAGCAGUCCGUCAGAAAUCCGUUUUAAAUCUUCCUCUGGUUUCGGUGGAAGACUGGACAAACUUCGACCAAAAACUAAAAUCCAACAAACUUUUCAACACAACGUUUAGGAAAUACCUGAACAGCUUUGGAAAUUUUGGAAAGCGAAAACAUGACUUGAAAAAAUCACCGUUUGUGGCCUCUAUUUUCGAUUCAAUUUCAUCCAAAACCGAUGCGUGUAAAGUCGUCAAUUUUUCUGGAUCGAACCAAAAAUUCAACUUGAAAACAUCUACUAUGUACGAGAUGAUGUACAAAUAUACUGAAAACCGGUACGAAAAUGGGUUUCCGCAGGCGGUUUUUGAAAGCCGAGUUAAAUCCUGGAUUCACGCCGGACAUGAAAAGAACAGUCUAUUGGCCAGAAAAAAUGAAGAAAAUGUUACGACUACUUCGUCACCAUCGUCAACUUCCGUCAGUGCGAUUGAUUCAGUGAGCACCUCCUCGGUUAUUGUGUGCACCUCAUCGGUCAGUACCGCGCCUAUCAGCACCCCAUCUAUCAGCACCCCAUCUAUCAGCACCCCAUCUGCCAGCCCAUCAUCGAAAACGGGUUCGGAAUCUUCGUAAUAUUUUUUUUUACAUAUUAUUUUAUCCGGUUUUUUAUCAUUAUUCCUUAUAUUCGUAUUAGGUGGCGCUCCUACUGCCUUUUUAUACCUGAGCCAUUCCACGUCAAUUCGACCAAGAAGUGGUAAGGGGGGGAGGGUCGCGAUUUUUUCAAAAUUUUUCCCAAUGAAAGACCUUUUGAAGGGUUGACCAAUGGCGCAAAUCGAACCCCUCUAGCCCUUUUUUAAAGGCUGCUAGGGGGUGUCAAAGUUUUUAAUGAACUUGAAAUAUCAUCUACUUCAGCAGUGGAUUAAUCGAUAACUCUGAUACCUACAAAAAUGGAACUUUUUCCAAUAGUUAGGGGUUUUGAAAGGCUUUUUAAUGAUAUUAUAAAAAUCAGUCUUGUGACUUUUUUUCGUACAAAAAAUUGGUUCGAUAAGUUUGAAAACGUAGCUUUUAUAUCGUUCCGACUCUGAAAAAUUCUGAAAAAAUAUAUUACGGAUAGCUUUUUAUGCUGAACAACAUAUUGAAAAAUUGGGAUGGCAUUAUGUCUUAAACUCGAUUUUAAAAAAUGGGAAGUUUUCGAAAAAAUGCGAUUUUUUGAUUUGAAACAUUAAAAAAAGUUUUGACUGGUGAAGUUGACCCAUUUUCCCCCUAUUUUUACGUAUCCGUUGAAAAAGUUGAAAAAUUCCCUUCACUCGAUGAAAUAAACUCAUCACAAAAAAAUGAAAAUUCAAGAAAUUUACAAAUUUCAAUUUUUUUGGUUACGAGUAUGAUUUUUAUAAACUUUUUUAUGAAAUACGCCCGAAAGAGGUCGAAAUAAGACAAUUGAAUAAAUUGAAACUGUUUUUGAUUUUUGGAAUUGAAAAUUGAAUUUUUUUGAAUUUUUAUUUUUUUGUGAUUUUAUUUUAUCGAGUGAAGGGGGUUUUCAACGUUUUCAACGGAUACGUAAAAAUAUGGGUCAAAUGGGUCAACUUCACCAGUCAAAACUUUUUUUCAUGUUUCAAUUCAAAAAAUCGCAUUUUUUCGAAAACUUUCCAUUUUUUUAAAUCGACUUUACGACAUAAUGCCAUUCCAAUUUUUCAAUUUAUGUUGUUCAGCAUGAAAAGUUGUCCGAUAUAUAUUUUUUCAGAAUUUUUGAGAGUCGGAACGAUAUGAAAAUUACGUUUAGAAACUUUUCGAGCCAAUUUUUCGUACGAAAAAAAGUCACAAGACUGAUUUUUAUGAUAUCAUCAAAAAGCAUUUCAAAAUCCUCAACUAUUGGAAAAAGUUUCAUUUUGGUAGGUAUCGCAGUUAUCGAUUAAUCCACUGCUGAAAUGGAUGAUAUUUCAAGUUCACUGAAAACUUCGACACCCCCCCCCCCCAGCAGCCUAUAAAAAAGGACUAGAGGGCUUCGAUUUGCGCCAUUGGUCAUCUCUUUGGAAGGUAUUUCGUUGGGAAAAAUUUUGAAAAAAUUGCGACCCUCCCCCCUUACUACUUCUUGGUCGAAUUGUCGUGGAAUGACCCAUGUACCUACGUAUUCGUAUGGGUUUGAAUAAAGUAAUUUUAAUUAGUUUUCUUCGCCUCUCGUUUUCAGGCCAUUUUGUCAAAUUAUACUUAGGUACAUAAUAUUUUAUUCGGUUUUCUACCAUUAAUUUUUCCUACUUAUAUAUUCUUAUUGGAUUUUGUUUUUGGGGAAAUCUUGGUUAAUUUUAAGCUGUACGAAUUGGAUUUUUAGAUCUUGAGAAAUUCGAGAUAUUUUUGAAGUGGCAGAUUACGAAUUUAGAUAUAGCUUUUUGCUCGUACCACCUUUUUAUGGGUACCUACGUAUUCGUACUUAAUGGUUUUGAAUAAAGUAAUUUUUGAUUAGUUUUCUUUGCAUCUCGUUUUUAGGCCAUUUUGUCGAAUUAUACGUAAUAUUUUAUCCGAUUUUUUACCAUUAAUUAAUCGUUAUAUUCUUAUUGGAUUUUGUUUUUUUAAAUUAGUUUUCUUUGCAUCUCGUUUUUAGGCCAUUUUGUCGAAUUAUACGUAAUAUUUUAUCCGAUUUUUUACCAUUAAUUAAUCGUUAUAUUCUUAUUGGAUUUUGUUUUUUUAAAUUAGUUUUCUUCGUCUCUCGUUUUUAGAUCAUUUUGUCGAGUUAUACCUACGUAAUAUUUUAUCCGGUUUUUUUACCAUCAAUUAUUCGUUAUUAUAUGUAGUUUUUUACUCGUACCGUUUUUUUAAAUGUACAUAUUCGUAUGGUUUUGAAUAAAGUCUAAAAAGAAAUAAAAAAUAAUUGUUGCUUAGCAUUUUUUUUUUUUCAAUAACCUAAACAAAACCAAAAAAAUUUAAAAAUCAAUACCAAAAUUUAUCAUUCUCAUGGCCACUGAAUGCAGUCAUAUCUACGCUCAUAUUAGCAGUCAUAAUAAUAUUG